CCUGCCUGCACCCCUGCCUGUGCUGUCUGCCACAACAAGCCCUUCCAAUGCACAGCUCUGGUUCCUGUUUCCCGUCUUGUUGGCUGCACUGCCUGGGCCCCUUCCUCUUUCCCCCGCGGGGGGAAGUCAGCCUGCUUCCGUCUGCCCACUCGCAUCAGAGCUUCCGUGCUGCCUGGGGUGUGGCUGGGACGGCUGCAUCGCUCCCCUUCAGCUUCUUAGAGCUCCGUUGUGUGGGUUUUGGCUGCGAUUCAGACCCUCUAAGAACAGACCCUGGCGUGAGACUCCACUGCAAAGCUGAUCCAUUCCAGCUCACAUCUCCUGCAGCUUUUUCCCUCAUUUUCUUCACAAUCUUUUUCCCCAUCUUCUGUCCAGCCUUCUUCCCCAUCUUCUCCAUCAUCUCCUUCUCACUCUCCUUCCUCUCUCUCCUUUCCCCACCUCCUUCCCCCCUCCUCUUCUCCAGCACAGAUGCGCUUCGGAUUGGGCUGCAACCACCCCAGGUCCGCCCUCCCCUGGAGGAGCCUCCUGCCUCAUCUCCUGGCUCUGCUCCUCCUCCACCUGGGAUCAGCCCAGCUCAGGGUGGUGGCACCCAGCCCCCGUGUCACUGCCAUCGUGGGACAGGACGUCGUGCUGCGCUGCCACUUGUCCCCUUUCAAGGAUGCUCGGAGCUUGGACAUCAGAUGGAUCCAGCAACGGUCCGCUGGGCUUGUGCACCACUACCAAGAUGGAGUGGACCUGGAGCAGAUGGAGGAAUAUAAAGGGAGGACAGAACUGCUCAGGAACGGUCUCUCUGAUGGAAACCUGGAUUUGCGCAUCACUGCUGUGAGCUCCUCCGAUAGCGGCUCGUACAUCUGCGCUGUGCAGGAUGGUGCUGACUAUGCAGAAGCUGUGGUGAACCUGGAGGUGUCAGAUCCCUGUUCCCAAAUUGUCCAUUCCUGGGCGGCGGCUCUGGCUGUGGUCUUCCCAUUUCUGCUUGGGUCAUUUGUCAUCAUUGUUUUUCUCCAUUGGAAGCGAGUGGCACAGAGCAGAGAGCUGACGAGAAAAGAUGCACAGUUGGUGAAACAAGCUGCGAUAUUGGAGAAACAGGCUGCAGAACUGGUGAAACUAACAGAAGAAGUGGAGAUCUGGAGUUUAUGGUUGAACGAACACUUUCACUGUAUGGAUUCAACUGCUGCAGAUCUGAAGAAACAAGCUGAAAAACUGGUGAAAUACUGUGAAAAGAUGGAGAGAAGGGAUGCAAUAAUGGAGAUAUACAUUAGAGAACUGGAGGAACAAAGUAAAGCAGUGGAGAAAUGGAAUUCAGUGCUGAAGACACGUUUUCAAUAUAUAGAUUAUCAUUUUGCAAAUCUGAAAAAAUACGUUGCAAAAUUGGCUGAACAAUCUGAAGCAGGGGUGGUAAAAAUGGAAGAAUCGGGUGAGUCUUCCCCAAACAAAAGGAAUGUGGGGUUUCCCAUGGGUUGACAAGCUGUCCCACCUCAGCAUCCCUCGCUUUUGCUUUCUUUUCUAGAGGAAACAUCUGCAGAAUAGAAUUGAGAGAUGAACUGCGCCUCGCAAUAACCACAGGAGUUACGCUUACUGCAGGAGCUGAUUGCACAGGAUACCAACACCGCCAUAACGGGAAGCCACCAAGGAAAUCCA